AUGUCAACUUCGGCUAAAAUUACCCCUUCAUACUAUGGAUAUGUAGGGUCUACCAAUGAUGCACUCUUGAUUAUUCAAGCAGUAAUUCAAAAACAAUUGGACCCAAUACCACGUAGACCGCACGAGCGUGAAAGACCGCUGCUCAUUAAGUCCGGUAAUGUCUUUGUUUUUCUUGAAGAACAGUCUGGUAUUAAAAGAUGGACAGACGGGAUUGCUUGGUCUCCUUCAAGAAUCUUGGGACGUUUUUUGGUCUACAGAGAAUUGGAUAAGCAAUCAUUAAACGAAAAGGAUGACAAGAAGAAGAAGAAGAGGAAAACUAGUUUUGAUCAAGAUCCUUUAGAUCUGAAACAGUUGAUGCCUCCAGCGCAACAGUUGUUACAAUCAUCCGAGGGCUACACUGACAAUGAUUUCAAUAAGCAGUUGGUUGGAUCUUUGUUAAGUUCCUACGUUUUUAAAGAUCAGGGUCUUAUCAAAAAGACUUUAUCGUUAUCUUUACCAGCUUCUUCCGUUUUGUCCAGUAGCUUAACUUCGAACAACCCCUCCAGCAGUAACAAAGACAGCAAAUCGGAUUCUUCCGACAACGAUAAACACACCAUUCACCUUAUUAGCUAUUAUAACGCUGAUGAUGUAUUGAAUGGAAAACUUCAACGUCCUUCUGUAACAGACUUAAAGGACUUAGUGAUCCCUAAUGAACUUUGGAGCGCUAUAAAGGAAAGUUCCCUCGGAGGUAAAAUUCCAAUUGAAGAUGAAGCCUUUUAUUUUCUCGAUACCAACUAUCAAUUGCAAAACAUGUCUUCCUUGCUGCAACAACUGGUCCACCACCAAGGCCAACAACAUGGGAAUUCAGGUCAAGGUCUAGGACAGAACACCCAAGGACACCCACCCCCACCACCUCACCAUCAACAUAUGUUGCAACCUGGCUUUUUUUCACAGCAGAAGUAUCCAGCUCCUGGUCAACAGCAGAUGCACAUACUACCAAUUCCUCUUCAACAGCAACAUGGUGAAGACCAACAUCACCAAAAUUCAAUGUUACCACCGCCACAAGCUGGUCAACAAGCAGGAGCAGGUGGCCAACAGGCACAAGUUGGUUCUUCUUCUAAUGAGCUUAAUUUUAUCAAUCCAUUCACAGGAUCCAACCCAAAUACGGGCGCCUCAGCUGCUGGUACAACUACAGGCAACACAAAUAAUAAUUAUGGAUUUGGUAUGUCCGCAGGUUCGGGAAUUCCAUAUUACAACAACAACUACAUGAACCCACCACCACCUCAAGCACAACAACAGCAACAAACACCAGCCCAAGGAACUCCACAACAACAAUUCUCUCACAAUCAGUACAUUGAUAAUAAUAAUGCUUACAACUCCGCAGGAACUUCAAACUCGAAUUAUCCGCAGCCAAAUUACCCUCCUUUUCCCCAACAUUUCCAACAGAUUUAUCCACAGGGACAAGGAGGACAAGGACAGCACCAACAUGGAUCUAUUCUGAACUCUAGCGAGUACUCCAUUGGUGGGAAUUCGAACGGAUCAAUUUCAUCUAUCGGGUCCACUGUUGUAGAAGGAGGAAACGGUGCUAGUGGUUCAAUCUCAAGUAUUUCCGGAGCACCACCUUCAUCUAUUACAAAAAAAGGCAGAGGCAGCGUGGUGGGUCAAAGUAACUGGUUUACAACCUCAAGUUCUAAUAACCCUGGAGCAGGAGGAUAUGUUGCUCCUCCACCUGCUAAUGUCAACUUGGGGCAAUCAAUGGUUGGAGGAGAUGGUCUUCAUCACCAUACCAAUCAUCACCACAGCGAUGAAACAAAUAAUCUGACCUAUGUGACUAGCAGUAAUUACAGCGGGACAACUUAA